AUGGAUGCCCUACACUUCCUCGCCAUUGUUAUCCUGGCCGACGCCGCCGGCAACUCCGUCGCCGACCUGGAGGCGGCGAUGAUCCUGGUCUCCCUCCGCCACGGCGGCGAGCGGGCCACGGCGAGUGGGAAGAGGAAGAGGCUUCCCUCCGCCGACGCCGCGGAGCCGUUCUGCCGCCCCCAAUCUGUGGCCUCCGAUCGAAGAGAGGCUAAGCAGAAGAAGAAGACGCUGCAAGAGCAGCGCACGGCACUCGGAUGGAUGGUAACGGGCACUCCUCGCACCAACCCCUGCGCCUGCUGCAACAGGCGCCUGGACAUCCUCCACAGAAACCCGGAGGCGCCCAGGGAGGUGUCGGACCGGCUGCUCCCCUGCACCGACCGGCCCGACGCCGAGAGGAGGGGGGAGAAGGGGGGAAGAGGGAAGACGAGCGGGGGACCCAGGGCCGCCGGCGCGGUGCUGCCGUGCGCCCGCUGCAAGUACCUCCACAGCACUUGCUCCCCUGCGCUCCCGCACCCUGGCCCCGCCGCAGCGCCCGCCGCUCCCGCCUCGUCGUCGUCGUCAUCGUCCGCUCCUCCCGCCGCAACGACCGGUUCCUCCUUCUCCUUCUCCUCCUGCUCCUCCUCCUCCCGCUCCUCCUCCUCCUCUUCUUCCGCCCCCAGCCCGUCGCAGACAAGCUCGCCCACGAGCACAGAAGGCGGCGAGGGGAAGGAGAAGAAAGCAGGGAAGCAGAAGACGUUUGUGCAUAACCGGAAAUGGUAUGGCAUGACGGCCGCCGCUCCAUACCCGUAUCCGAGGCUGAGUGGCCGCCUGAAAUUCUGGGCAUGGACACUGCAAGCUCGAUCUCAGGCUUGGGAAGGAACCGGCACGGCCUCUCAAAGCCAGUCAAGGAGAGCGCGCCACAUCUUGGGUUUCGUGCUGAAGAGGGAUGGCAAGCCCGAGGAGAAACUCUCCUCUAGCGGCCAUUGGGCUUUCUCAAUUGCGUGGCAUCGAUCGCCCCAGCACGCAGGAGAGUUUGCCGUUCAGGUCGAAGUGCUCGGUUAUCAGCCCGGCGAGAUCAACAUCAAACAGGAGCGUUCAGCCCUCCGUAGUCAUUCGUCGUCCCCCGUCAACGUUGUGCCUCCGAAUCUGUUGUAA